AUGACCUCAAAAAUAGAAGAAUUCGAGACACAGGCUGAGGAAAAGCCUCAAGAGAAUGGAAUGGUUGAAGAACAAUAUGUGACAAUUGCUCCCUCACCGCUACCGCGCAUGAAGCAAUACAUGGCGAAGAAGAUUCAUAAACAGUCGACGGUAAUCUCUCGGUCGCUGAAACUAGAUCACAGGCCGGAUCGAGCACUAGAUAGUUUCCAAAUAAUUGGAGCGCUAGAAAGUUUGUUUAUUGGAGUUUACAAUACCAGCAUUGCCAGGCGAUCAUUGGAUCCGUCAGCUCAACAACGAAUGUGCACAAUCCCACCGCUCUCCUAUUUCGAAACAGUAUACAGUGACCCUUUAACGAAACCCAAAGCAGCAGAAUCGACAGACGUAAAAGGGCCAUAUGUCAGGGGCCGGUCCAAUGAGUCAGGAUCACCCUCAAGUGCUGAGGAAUCUGAUGUUUUAUUGAACGAAGCUGGCCCAUACGACCGCUACAAAUUUAUCAAGGGUGCCGUCGUUCGGUCCAAUCGUAUGCGGCUUCUAACCUACUUGUUAUUUUUGGUUCGCGAUGAAAUUAAGACUCUGUCGGAUCACGUUCAUGGGAAUUUGUACCGAUUGGCUUUAUUGUUACACCCUGUGGUCAAACACACGCAGAGCAAACCAUUGGGAUUACGAGAACAAGGCGAGUCGCAGAAAAAUGCCAUUCGUACAGAUGAAAAUGAACAGGGGGGUAGAACGACUGAAAACCCGAGUGAAAUAUUUGAUCAGCCCAAAACCCACAGCCACAAAAAUAGUGAAGAAGAUGAUGAUGAGCUCAGCGAUAAGGAACCAUUGAGAGUGGAUAAAAUGGAGAAGCUGAAGCACAACAUUUUGCGCAGCUCCACAGAGAAAGACCGGUCUUCGACUCGUUCUGCGGGAACCGAUGGUACUCAUUGCCCUCGACUACAAGGACUUCAACCGGAAUUCCUCACAGAAUUACUUCACUGCAUCCAACGAAUUAAUCGGCCUGAUAUGGUACAGUUGCACUCUUCGGCUCUUGAUGCUCUAGAAGCCAGGGCUAAUUAUGAACUCUGGACCGCACCGCUUCUGAUGAUUGACGCAAUGCGUGAUUUACCAAACCGUAUUGUUGCGACUUCAGUCAGGCUUAUGUCUGACGUUUUUGUCCAAACAACCUGCCAACAAUUAUCCGGUGCGGAUAAAAACCAGCAAACUACUCCAACUGCUGAACUAAAUCCACAACAGCUCAGUCUAGCCAGCGCUUACUGUGGUUUGUGGUCUGACCUUGUGGAGAAACGGGAGCUGACCAGGUCCAAUAUUGCACUUUCGCCCAAGAACAUGAGACAGUUGGAUAUGGUCCGUUUAGCCCAAAACAAAUUCAUGCGUUCUAUCGUGACGAACGCGAAUUUCCGAACACAUAAACCACCAGAUGAUAUCACUAUCACUCAAGACCAAUAUCGACGUAGUUCUGGGCCGCCAACACAGCAAACUGAUCAAAACAAAUUGUCGCUUAUCCGAGAUAUCGAACAAUGGGAAGGGAAGAUCGAGGAUUUGGUUAUAGAGGAGAAGCGUUCUUUUGCAUCUCCGAAAAGUUGGCUGAGGAAAUUUGGAAAUGCUGGUCAGAAAUUACCAAAGAGUGGGAAACCUUCGUGACAUCUUACGGACUAGCCAGUGAUAUGGCUUGCACUUUAACCAAUAUCAGAGAGGUGACUUGGUGUCGCUUUUGCCUGUUCCAUCGGCACAAAGCCUCUCGAAUUUGUUGCAACAGCAGUUAAUACAAAUAUGUGACCGCCAUGUUUUAGAGGACUAUGUCUUGAAAUUUGGCCCAUCUAUUUACCAGCCCACCCUUAUGGGAUUACCUUCGUUUUCAGUGCUUUAAGAUUUCGCCAACUCAAUGCGAUCCGUGCACUUUACUAUUUUUUACUUGCCGCGUUAUCUAAAAGACUACCUUAUCAGAGAGAAGUUAGUAUUUUC